UUUCCACUAUUCUGUAUUAUACGUGUGUGUGUGUGUGUGUAUGUAUAUAUAGCAGGAAUUGUUUGGAUUCGUUUUCCCUGAAACUUCACAGCAGACAGACUUGUUUCUAGGCAGAAUUCAUGGGGCAUAAAAGUAAACAUUAGUCAUUCCAGAAAUGAAAGCGUGUUUGUUCACCACAGAGCCAUCUGCUGGCGGUGUAGGGUUACUGCCUCAAUCACACCUACCAGAACUGCUGUCUAGUAUUACUACUGAUUAUACAUAACAAGUAUGACUAUGAUAAAUAAUAGAAGAGCAUUACACUCACACCAACAUCCUUCAUCACCCUUCAUCACCCUCACCUGCGUCAUGCGCCUUCUCUUGAAAUUCGUACUCCUCCUACGCCGCCCCCUCCUCUGAACGCGGAAGUGGAUGAUGAUGUGCCGCCACACGCAGCUGCUCAGUGGGGGUAACGGACGUGUAAUAAACAGGGCGGUGAGCGCGUCCUCUUGACUUUGUGACGAAUAUGGAGGCACACGUCGUCAAGGCGGAUUUGGAUUAAGUGACGCCGAGACGGAGGCGGCGGACUACGGUGUUGCGCUGUCGGUCGGUCGGUGGUUGGGACGGAGGGACGCUGUUCGGGAUGCGCUAGUGAGACAAUUGUCUGCUUUUGAUACAGUCCCACGAAAGUGUAGUGUGAGCACGGCAUUGGCAGUUGAAAACCAUCAUGCCCGUUGCUCUGGCGUCGGGACAGGAAGUAAGUGUGUGAGCUUCCCUCGUUGGUUCUGCUGGAAUGAACAUGCCACUGCAUCAAAUCUCUGUCAUCCCCCGCGAUGUCGCGUCGUCGCGGGUGUCAGGCAGCGGAAAAGCCAAGGACAAGGACAAGCAGAAUGAGAAACCUCUGGGUCAUUCAGCGAGCAGAUCCAGCAAUAUAUCAAAGGCGGGAAGCCCAACCUCUGUGAACGCUCCAUCCAGCUUCUCAAGAACGUCUGUGUCUCCCUCCAGCCAAGACAUCUGCAGUCCACAUCAGGAGUGUCAGAAGCAGACCACUGUUGUUUUCUUGGCUCCAAACGCUAGAAGUUCACAAGGUUCUGGAGGUACAGUGACCACCAUCUGCUCAGUCUCGCCACCCGUCCACAAACAACGAGACUGGCUCUCAGUGCUGCGCCCGUCCUCGGUCAACAUUCGCCCUCCGGGUUCGCUUCGCUUUUCGGUGUCACUCAACGACGUGGGCCAGCGUGUGGACAGCCUUUAUCGGGGCCUGAACUUUAUCGAUCGCACCUGUUCCGAGGGAGAGCUGGAGCUGAAGCCCCUGCCCGCUCAGCCUGAGGGCUCUGAUCCGAGGGCGGCGGACACUGUAAAAAAUGGAACAUCAAGUCCGGCCUUCUUAACACAGCCCCACCGUGUCCCCUCUUUCACUAACAACUACAAAUACAUGUUGAGCUUCCCCGUUAAUAACCACCAUCCAUCAAAUGCCGCCCAACCCAUCCGUCCUCCUCCCCCUCCACCGCCCCCUGACCAACCCCAUCGCUCUCCGAGCUCCAACUUCCUCCGUCUGCUCCUCCCGUUCUCCCGAUCCUCAACCUUGGCUAGCCUGCAGUGUUCCGAGCUGGAUGGCUACGCCUCUCACCCUCAUAUCAACAAGACCGCCAGCGCCAUCUUGGAAGGCAGCGAGUUGGAGUUCGCGCCCGAGGAGCUACCGGCGGAAGACGCCCUCACGGAGAACCGUUGCACUCACCCUCCACGAGAAACGAGCACAGCAGAGAAGAGCACGAGUCAUCUGGCCCCCUUGUGCUACAUGGAUGAGGACAGCGACCUGGACCGCUGCCCGUCCCCUUUGUCAGAGAAAACUGAACCACAGUCCCCCUACUCACUGUCUGGCGACUGCUGCAGGAUCUGUCACUGCGAAGGCGACGACGAGAGUCCGCUGAUCACGCCGUGUCACUGCACGGGCAGCCUGCGCUUCGUGCACCAGUCAUGUCUGCAGCAGUGGAUCAAGAGCUCCGACACUCGUUGCUGCGAGCUCUGCAAGUACGAGUUUAUCAUGGAGACCAAGCUGAAACCCCUACGCAAGUGGGAGAAGCUUCAGAUGACAGCGAGCGAGAGAAGGAAGAUCAUGUGCUCGGUCACCUUCCACGUCAUCGCCAUCACGUGCGUGGUAUGGUCGCUCUACGUGCUCAUCGACAGGACAGCGGAUGAAAUCAAACAAGCCCGGAGUAUCCCAGGCAUCAUGGAGUGGCCCUUCUGGACCAAGCUAGUAGUGGUGGCCAUCGGCUUCACGGGUGGACUGGUGUUCAUGUAUGUGCAGUGCAAGGUGUACAUCCACCUAUGGAGGAGACUCAAGGCCUACAACCGCGUCAUCUACGUCCAGAACAGGCCGGACUCCUGUAAAAAACUGGCACUGGAGAAGCCCCCGCUGUUGGAGCCCAGCGUGGACAACAAGGAGACCCUCGCCCCUGCCUUGUCGGAGACAAACUCCUCCCAUUAUACAGAGACCGAAGACUACAGUAUGGAGGUGCUCCAUGUGUGACGUCUCCCCUGCCCCACCCGAACACUGCCACACAGCGAGUGAACUCGUCAGGCUGACUAAUUUGUGUUCUGGAUGUUUUUCCUGUCUGGAUUCUGGUUUUAGGGACCUUUUAUAGAAGCCUGCAACACACACACACACACAUACAAAUACACACACACACAGAUUUUUGGGUGUUUGCUUUUGAUAAGAGUCCUGGACCAAAUCUGUUGUGGAUCUGGAUCCCAGUCCAUCUUUUGCUCCCACCCCAACCCACCAGACAGACUGAGCUGCAUUGAAGCACUUUUGUUUUUUUUUAGCUUCGCAAAAGCAUCCUUUCUUCUUGUGUCUUUUUUUUUUUUUUUUUUUUUUACAAGAAGGAGGUCUCACUCGGACCUGCGUUUAUUUCUUCUCACGGAUGUCACUGGAGAAAAAAUUUUGAAUAUGAUAUGAAUUCCCAAUUAUUCAUUUCUUUCAUUUUUGGCUCAGGCACAUCACUUUCUUGCACACGUUGAGGAUUCCAUCCACGUUCAGUAUUUAUUUAACCCAACACAAACCUUCCGAAGGCUUUGAGGAUGUUUUUUUUUUUUUUUUUAAGUAGAGAAAACAAUUUUUUUCCUGAUCACGUGCUACAUUUCAUUCAAGCGUGUGCGUUGGCAGUGCAAUUAAAAGGCGUUAUAUUUACAUGACCAUAAUGUGUCACCUGCAGGCUAUUCUUACAGCAACGUGGUUCAACACUGUCAUAGCCUUGUAAAAAAAAAAAAAAAAUGAACCAAGCGGUUUGUAUAAAUAUCCUCAACAUGCUAUGGUAACAUUAGAUACAUUAUACUGUCAUGUAAACAUAUUGCCAUGUUCCAGGCGCACUUUUUAAACGAAGAAAUCCACCGCUGCCUUGCCCAUCUGUCGUCCUACAACGUCGGUGGUGAGAUUCAAACCGAAUGUAAACAUUGCACAUUAAAGCCAUCCUUGAUGUUAUUCCCUCAAGUUAAGUCGCCUCGGUGGCCGUCUGUGUCCAACCACAUGCGGGAAUAAAUGUAGUCUGCUUUUUGUUACUUCCAUUCCACUGCAAAGUGUCUCACAUGAUUGGAAGGUUCCUGCCCCCUUUUUUUUUGUCCUCCAUCGUGGGCAUCAUCACACCGGCAGGCUCACCUAGCUAGAGGCACAAUUGAUGCCACAGGUCGUAAAUACAACCACAAGCCGCUUGAAUUACCCGCUAAAAGAUGUUCCAACCUUGAUACGCCGUGAAAUCACGUCUUUUAGUCGUACAUUUAGUGCAACAAAAUAAAAACCAUACGCUAGUAACAAGCAUGAAGUAUUAAUAUGGUACAAACUGCCGGUAACUAGGAAAAUACGGUCACAUAUAAAAUGUUAAAUAUAGCACAUUUAUAUCCCAAUGUUGAUAACAGUAAUCACUUUUUAUUUCAAAUUUUAAUUCAAUACAAAUACAUUAUUAGUUUUGAUAAAAAGGAAAACCUUAUCGUCUGAUCAGAGUGGCUCCUUUAAUGUUGGAGGUCACGCACAUGAUCAUCGCGUGUCAGCGCCCUCAGGUGGUGGGAGGCUGAAUGUGCACAAAGGCAGCGUUUGAUUUCCUUGUUUUUAGUGGCUAAAUCACGUGACCUUCACAACCAUUCCACAAACGUUUUUCAAAUGUUCUUUUUGAUACAAUAACUACUGCCUGGAAGGAGCAACAUAUUUGCUAAUUACUGCUCAGCAGCAAUAAAUCAAAUCCGAGCUUUUGUUGUUUUGUUUUUUUUAGCCGUGAAAACUGUAUUUGUGUAGACGUCUCAUGGUGGUGGCUUCACAUUUUGAAGGAUUUUUGUUUGUUUUUUUUGCAUCCUGUUGGAGUCAUUUCUUUGCAACUUCAGUCGAGGCUCGGUGCAAUUAGAUUUUCCAAAAAAAAGUGCAAUUACCCUAUAUGUAGUUGAUCUAUACUUAUUUACUGUGUUUAUUGGGUAUACAAUGAUCUCCAUGUUUUGUUUGUGUUGUAUUUAUUUUUGAAUAAUUUACACAUUGAAGUCCUCUCGCUUAUUUUCUUUAGCAAUUUUAUGCAUCUUAUAUUUUUCCCCCCGCAAGGCGCAACUGCUUUUUGAGUGUUUAAAACAAAUAAAAAUAAAAAAAUACCUUAUUCAUUCUUAAAAUGUUUUAACAUGGACAUUGAACUGGAUUAUGUCAUCUAUUUUCAUGCUUUAAAAAAAAACAUAAAACGGAUGAUAGCGUGUAGAAUGUGCUUUUUUUAAUGGGAGCUGGCUCCUUUCUUGAAACAGAAUGACUUGGUCUUUCUCGUCUUUCCUCUUUAUUUUCCUGUUUAUUGAGACACGGCCUAAAAGUGGAAGCUUAUUUCUCAGCGUCAAUCUUUUUACAUGUACUUUUGCUGCUUUAACUUGUCACGUCUGUCCGGGGAGGACAAAAAUGUAACUUGCAUAACGGCUACAUUUGUUUACUACUGACUGGACUUGAACAUUUCUAAUGACUGUUUCUGUGUCCACAAUAUCAUUCCACAAGUUUGUUUGUCUGUGAACUUUACUUUGGAAAAGUGUUUAAAAAGUUGGUUCAAAAAUGUAAAAAAAAAAAAAAAAAAUCCUGUUUUUAAGAUAAACUCUUGAUGUGUUUCUUGUUCCCAUGUUUGAACAAAGUAUGUAGAAUUUAAAAGGAUCAACCAAAUAAAAGUCAAAAUGCUUUUACAA